ACACCAGACAAUAGUUUCAGAGACUUCAGAGACAGAAAAGUAUUAGUGAACUGAGCUCAGAAUGAGAGUUCCUGUAAAACUCCUCGGCUUCGGAUUUUUGUUGUUUUUCUUAAAUUGUGCCCGAUGUCAAGAAUGUCUUCGAGAGAACAUUAUAUAUGAAAACACAGAACCAGUUGAGAAAGCUUCAUACGCUGAUGGUGAAAGAGUGAAAUUGAACUGCAGGACAGGUUAUAUUGGCUUUUAUAGAUUAAAAUGUGAAAAAGGAGAAUGGAAAAAAUCCAUUGAGCGACCAUGUGCAAAAAAACAAUGUAGUCAUCCAGGUGACACACCAAAUGGUGAUUUUGAACUUAAAGGGGGUACAGAGUUUGUUUUUGGAGUAACAGUGGUGUAUAAGUGCAACAAAGGGUAUGAAAUGACAAGCAGUAUCAAUCAUCGUAGCUGCAGAGCUCAAGGAUGGGACAACGCUGUCCCUGUCUGUGAGGUGGUGAAAUGUCCAGCCAUCAUCACAGAUGAGGAGGUGACUUUGUCAGGUAACACAACAGAGGGAAGUUAUGGGGAUGUUAUUCGCUUCGAGUGUGUAUCUUCUGACAAAAUGAUAGACGGAAGUAGUGAAAUUCACUGCGAAGAGACGGGAGAAUGGAGUGACGUUGUUCCAAAGUGCAAAGACAUAACAUGUACAGCACCCCCCAUACCAAAUGGAGAUGUUGUUGAUUUACAGCGAGAAUACAAGAAAGAUGCCACAUUAAAAUACAAAUGCCAUGAAGCAUUCAAGACCAGAGAGGGAAUCCCCAGAUGUGCUAAAUUUGGCUGGACUGUGAAACCAGAAUGUGAUGAAGUAAACUGUGUGCUGAAGUCAACAACAUAUGGAGUAAAAAUGAUCAUCCCAUAUGGAAAGACUAUUUUCAGAGCUAGAGAAAGUGUGGAGAUCACCUGCUCUGAAAAACACUGGUUGUUUGGUACAAAAGAAACCGAAAGAACAUUUACAUGCAAAGAUGAUGGAGAGUGGGACUAUGAGCCUGUUUGUGCAGAGAUUACAUGUGACGAUCCACGUGACCAGCUUGUGUCUAGACCAUACUUCUGGAGAACAAUGAAAUUAGGAGAAAAACAAUCUUACACUUGUGUGAAUGGUUAUCGUCAAACAGCAGCAGAAGCCACAUGUACACGAGACGGAUGGACACCAAAUCCACUGUGUACUGGCUAAAGACAAGAAGUAUGAAAGGAGUAGAAGAAAGAAGCGCGUACCCAGCAGAAGACAUCUCCAGUAACUCCACACCAUCUCCAGUCUGCUCAGUUUAGUUCCUGAGGCACAUCAGAAUUAAACUAAUCGUGUUCCUGUAAAAUUAUGGAUUUCAGAAUCUCCACCAAUUCUCAGCCGGAGGAUGACAGCUUCACCUUUCUGUGAUGUUUGGUGUAUGCUGAUGUUUUAAUGGGGAAUGUCUGAAUAAAUCAUCUCAAGAAAU